UUAUCAAUUUCUACUGUUGCUCAGAACAAAACAAACCAUUUAGCAACAUGUUUAGGAAGUCAAAACCUCAAGUAGCACCACCACCUGCAGCACCCACAAUCGAAGAAAUGCUUGCUGAUCUUGAAACAUUUGAGAUUGCCCAACCAACAGCAAAUACAGGAAAUUUUGGUAACAGCGCCGCGUUUGAGCACGCACUGCUUACAGAACCCGAAAACUUGGCCCUGGAAACCUGGUGGCAGGUAUUUGACGAAUACGAGCAAAAAGUCAGGAAACUGGAGGCGAUGGAAGGCACAUUGGACACACAAAAGGAAAAGUUACUAGCAUGUAAACAAAAUCUAGAAGAAAAGGCUAAUCAUCUGCGCUUGGGUAUUAAUAAGCAACAAAAUCUAAUAAAAGAAGUUGUUGAAUGUUAACCAAUUGUAAAGAAAUCCUGUUAUUAUCG